AAUAUUUUUCAAUUACAGAGUAUGAUGCAUGACUAUCACAGAAGAAAUUCAUGUCUAUAGCUUUUAAGGACUUGAUUACAUCAUUUUGAAGCCUGGUAGUUUUGGAGUCACCAGUUGAGAAGACACAGCUGGCUGCUUUUUUUCAAGCUGCUGUUCAGCUAAGAAGGAAUAGAAAUUGACGUGCUCUAUAUUAUCACACAGCAGGACUUCCGAAUAUUUAAGAUCUCUUGGUUAAAAAUUGCAGCACAAGCUUAUUUGCCACAGAAACAGCAAAAUGAUCCCUAAUGGCUAUUUGAUGUUUGAAGAUGAAAACUUUAUUGAGUCAUCUGUUGCCAAGCUAAAUGCUUUGCGCAAAAGUGGCCAAUUUUGUGAUGUUAGACUCCAGGUAUGUGGACAUGAGAUGCUGGCACACAGAGCGGUACUAGCUUGCUGCAGUCCUUACCUGUUCGAAAUCUUCAACAGUGAUAGUGAUUCUCAUGGAGUUUCCCAUGUAAAGUUUGAUGAUCUUAAUCCAGAAGCUGUUGAGGUCUUGUUAAAUUAUGCCUACACUGCUCAAUUGAAGGCUGAUAAAGAUUUGGUCAAAGAUGUAUAUUCAGCAGCAAAGAAGUUGAAGAUGGAGAGAGUCAAACAGGUUUGUGGAGAUUAUUUACUCUCUAAAAUGAGCGUUGAAAGCUGCAUCUCCUAUCGGAAUUUUGCAAACAACAUGGGUGAUUCACGUUUAUUGAACCAGAUUGAUGGUUACCUUCAGGAGCAUUUGUUAGAGAUUUCUGACCAGGAGGAAUUUCUCAAACUGCCACGUUUAAAGCUGGAAGUCAUGCUUGAAGAAAAUGUUAGCUUGCCCAGCAAUGGCAAACUAUACACAAAGGUAAUCAACUGGGUUCAGCGCAGCAUCUGGGAGAAUGGAGAAAGUCUUGAAGAACUGAUGGAAGAGGUUCAAACACUGUACUACUCAGCUGAUCACAAGCUCCUUGAUGGAAAUCUGCUAGAUGGACAGGCUGAGGUGUAUGGCAGUGAUGAUGACCACAUUCAGUUUGUGCAGAAAAAGCCACCCCGUGAGAAUGAUCUCAAGCAGUUAAGUAGCAGUUCUUCUGGAAGUCUUUCUCCAAAUGCAGCAGUGCUGACUCCUAAACACGAGUGGAAAAUUGUUGCUUCAGAGAAGACCUCAAAUAACACCUAUCUGUGUCUCGCUGUUCUGGAUGGCGUUUUUUGUGUGAUUUUCCUUCAUGGGCGUAACAGUCCCCAAAGUUCUCCAAUUAGUACUCCACGAUUGAUGAAAAGUUUGAGUUUUGAGAUUCAGCCAGAUGACCUCAUAGAGAAGGCCAUGUCACCUAUGCAAUAUGCUCGGUCUGGAUUGGGAACAGCAGAACUUAACAGCAAACUAAUCGCUGCAGGUGGCUACAACAGAGAAGAAUGUUUGCGCACUGUGGAAUGCUAUGAUCCUCGAAAAGAUUGCUGGACUUUUAUUGCACCAAUGAGAACACCAAGAGCUCGGUUCCAGAUGGCAGUUCUGAUGGGGCAGCUUUAUGUUGUUGGUGGGUCAAAUGGCCACUCAGAUGACUUGAGCUGUGGGGAAAUGUAUGAUCCAGAGAUAGAUGAUUGGACUCCUGUCCCAGAACUGAGGACUAACCGUUGCAAUGCAGGAGUGUGUGCUCUGAAUGGAAAGCUAUACAUCGUUGGUGGCUCAGAUCCUUAUGGCCAGAAAGGAUUAAAAAACUGUGAUGUCUUUGAUCCUGUAACAAAAUCUUGGACAAACAGUGCUUCACUUAACAUUCGUAGACAUCAAUCUGCUGUCUGUGAGCUUGAUGGGUAUUUAUAUAUUAUUGGAGGAGCUGAGUCUUGGAACUGCCUUAAUAGUGUGGAGCGUUACAAUCCAGAAAAUAAUACUUGGACACUAAUUGCACCUAUGAAUGUGGCUAGGCGUGGAGCUGGUGUGGCUGUACUUGAUGGAAAGCUCUUUGUCGGUGGUGGUUUCGAUGGUUCACAUGCAGUUAGCUGUGUGGAGAUGUAUGACCCUUCUAAAAAUGAAUGGAAGAUGAUGGGCAGCAUGACCACUCCAAGAAGCAAUGCUGGGUUUGCAACAGUGGCCAAUACCAUCUAUGCUGUAGGAGGAUUUGAUGGCAACGAAUUUCUGAACACAGUUGAAGUCUACAGUCCAGAGUCAAAUGAAUGGAGCCCCUACACAAAGAUACACAAGUUCUGACUCAACACGUCUCCUUAAAACUAACAGGCUUGAUGAUGUAAUUGUUUUAGUAGAGGUACACAUGUGAUGGUGGGGGGAGGUUAAAAGUUGCCAUCAGCAACACAAAGCUUUUGCAUAUUGCAUACUAUUACUAUGCUGUACAUAUUUUUAUUUGGAAUACAUGAAGGGUGUCCUUGGUAUUAGAAUUUGUUACUUGGACUCUGGAGUUUGGUUGCCCCUAAAAGAAUAUGAGUGAUAGCUGAUAUCAUUUCAAGAGCUUCCUCCAGUGUUUGUUUUGCUGAUUUGCACACACAAAUGCUUCUUCUUUAGUAUUUGUCACUGGUGCAGGAAAGGAUAGUGAUCUUCAAUGUCAGCAACUGCUUUUUAGGCCUUGUGUGCAUUUUUUAAAAAAAUCUUUAGUAACUGGAACAAUCUAAAAAAGCCUUAUUUAAAUAAAUGGCUGUAUUAUAUAAAAAAGCUGAUACACCUACCAAUUUGACUGCCUUUUAUAACUUUUUAUAUAUAUGUAACUAUAGUCAGUUGUUAUAUCCUGACAAUAUGUGUUAAAGCAAAUAGACAAUCUCAAAAGUGCAUAGACUGGAGUAAAACGUGUCAUUUUCUACCAUAAGCUUUUAUGUUUUCCCCUGCUAUAAUGUUACACGAACUCUUAAUACACAAUAUUGAUUUUCAUGGCAUUGGAGUGGAGUUUCUGAACAUGGUUGUAAUGUGAGUGAGGAAAAGCCAGGCUCUGAAAUUCAGCUAAUGUAGAGGGCGCUUUUCUGUGUGGUUCAAGGUUAAGCAGUUGUAACAAAUAUGCAAUGCUGCAAAAUUUCUGUGGUGUGUAAGCAAGAUUACCUAUCUUAAAAUUAUUGUACAAGUUUGUAUCUUUCUACUAUAAGCUGAAGUCCUGCUAUAAUACAGAUUGUGUUUCAAUUGUUUUAAAA